AUGAACCACGCAGAGACUGUUGGAACUGAAAAUAUGAUUGCAGAGGCAUCAAUAGCAAAUGAGAACAGCAAGGAGAUGUGCUGUCCAGAAGAAGUGGGCAGGCAAGUGCCAGAAGUGCAGUGUGCAUCGACUAAAACUGUGACUUCCAGCCAUACCCCAAAAAAGACUCUUCUUCUUCUUUCGCUAAAGUCACCGGGUGCAUGCAGACAGCUAGUGAGCGAUCUUACUUCAUUGCUCCCAGAGAACACUGUAAGAGACUCAAAGCUAAAGGAAAGAUUCUCAAUCUAUGACGUAGCAGAUAUUGCCGACAUGCGAGAUGCAGAAAACAUACUGGUUAUUGAGACGCGAAAGAAAAGCCCUGCACCAAUUAUGUGGGCAGUUGCAAAAACUGACUUAGCAGCAAGCAAGACAGGAUACGAUGUCAUUAAGUUCAUGCUAACUGGGGUAUACACUAUGAGUGAGCUAAAGUUCCUAGGAAACCCAUUAGCAAACACACAAAUGACUACACUUUUCACAGAAGACUUUGAGAAGAGUGCUGGUCUUAGAAAGGCAAAGAGCAUUCUAUUGCAGAUAUUCAAUACAACAGUGGAGAUAGAAGAAGAGCCAUCAACCACAAAGGACUAUGUCGAUAAGAUUGCAUCUUUCUUUAUUUUAGACAACUCUAUACACGUCCGCUUCUACCACAUACAGAAAAAGACACGAGAGGCUGAAAAAAUCAUUGCAAGCAGGCUAAGACAAGAGAAGAAGCUGAAUGCAGAGAAGAAAGAGGAAGAGAAGAUAGAUGAAAUUGAAGCAAACAACAAGCCCGACGAGGAAGCAGAGGUAGACCCAAAUAUAGAAGCAGUAAUUGCAUCAGCAGAAGAUCAAGUUCCAUGGUAUGAAAUCAAGGAGUGUGGGCCUAGAUUUACUCUACACCCUAGAGACAGUGACUUAGAUGAUAACUACACAGAGCCACAGGAGAAGAACUAA